AAAAAGCCUCACAUGUUCCAUAUGUCUGGACGUGUUCACUGACCCUGUAACCACUUCCUGUGGGCACAACUUCUGUAUGGUCUGCAUCAGAAGCCAUAGAGACUGCAGUCCGUGCACAAGGUGCCCACUCUGUGGGAAGGCAUUCGACUCAAAACAAGAUUUUAACAUAAACAGAACCAUUAAAGAAUUUGCAGAAGGCAUCAAAAGGAAAAGAAUCCAGGAGAAGGCUGAAGUGUCAUGUGAUAGUUGCCCAAAGAAGAAAAUGCGGACUGCUAUUAAGUCAUGCUUACACUGUGGAACCUCUUUCUGCGAGUCUCACUUGGAGCCCCAUAAAACGGCAGAAAAACUCAUGAAACACAAACUAAUUAACCCUGUGAAGAAUCUUGAGGAAUACAUUUGCAAGAAUCAUGAAAGACCUCUGGAUCUUUACUGUAAAGAUGAUCAGACAGCUAUCUGUCAAUUCUGCAUCGAGAGUGACCACAGGAAUCAUAACACUGUUCCUCUGGAGACGGAGAGUUUGAAAUUGCUGAUGAAUAAAAAGAUUGCAGUGCAGCAGGAAAUUCAGGAGAAGUUGCGGAAGAGUAAAGAAAUUAAACAUUCUGCAAGGUUUAACAAACAAGCCAAAGAGAAGGAGAUUGAAGAGAACAUCAAGUUUUUUAAGGAUGUCUUUGACAGAAGCAAUGCGGCGCUACUUGAGCUCACAGAGGAAAAGCAUAAAGAAACUGAGAGACGAGGAAAAGAGCUCAUCAGAGAGCUAAAUGAAGAGAUCGUGGAGCUAAAGAGAAGACAAACUGAACUGGAGCAACUCUCACAUCCAAUGGAUUUUACACAAAUUAUUAGCCUCUUGCGCAACCCCAUAUAUACCAAAAGCUCAAAAAACAUCAGCAUCAGCGCUCUUGAACCUGGAGAUAUUCUGAGGAAGACCAUAUCACAUCUUCAGAGUGUGCUGGAUGAGAAAAUGAGAGAAACUGGUAAACGUUCACCAUGUAACCAAUCAUAUUUACACCAUCAUACACUCUUUAAUCAGACGGAAACACAUUUUUUCAUUCUUGUUGUAGUUGGCAGAGAGCUGCGGAGUAUACAACAUUAUGCAGUGGAUGUGACACUUGACCCUGACACAGCUCAUCCUGAACUCAUGCUGUCUGACGAUGGGAAAAAGGUCUGGAAUACAGUCAAGUCACAGAAGACUCCUGACACCCCAAAAAGGUUUAAUUAUUGCUCAUGUGUCUUAGGAAAGGAAGGGUUUUCCUCACAGAAAUUUUACUACGAGGUUCAAGUCAGUGGGAUGGAGUGGGAUUUAGGUGUGGCAAAAGAAUCCAUAGACAGAAAAGGGGAUAUUGGGCUUAACCCUGAGAAUGGAUAUUGGACUAUAUGGCUGAGGAACAGGGAUGAGUAUGCAGCGAAUGAUCGCACCCCUGUCCCUCUCACCUUGAAAGAGAAGCCAGUGAAAGUGGGAGUAUUUGUGGAUUUUGAGGGGGGUUUGAUCUCGUUUUAUGAUGUUGAAGCCAGGUAUCAUAUCUAUUCUUUCACUGGGCAGUCUUUUCCUGAAAAUCUCUAUCCAUAUUUCAGUCCUGGAGAAUGUAAGAAAGGGCAGAACUCACAUCCUCUGAUCAUUACACCUGUUGACUCAGUCGAAUAAAUCAACUUUUAAAGGAACUAUUACUGUAAAAUGAAUUGGUAUACAAAAGUCUUUGUAUAGUCUUAACCCUCUCAAAGCUAUAUGAUGUUAAUUGCAAA